CCGCCCGCCCUCCCCCUCCCCGGGCCGCGAGGGGGCCCCGAUGUGGCCGCGCCGCCCCGGGCGUGCUCAGCGCGGCCACCGUGGUGUCUCCGCAGGACGAGCUGGUCGCGCGCCGGGCGUCGCCGGGCAUGGCCGCUGCCGGGAAGGGCGCCCCGCGGGCCCCGCCGCCGCGCCUGCUGCUGCCCCUGCUGCUGCUGCUGCUGCUGCUGCCGGCGGCGUCCCGCGCGGGCGCCUCGGAGGAGGAGGAGGAGGUCCCGGCCGAGUGGGUGCUGCUGCACGUGGUGCAGGGGCAGGUGGGCGCGGGCAACUACAGCUACUUGCGGCUCAACCACGAGGGCCGCAUCGUGCUGGCCAUGCGCAGCCUCCGCGGCGACGCCGACCUGUACGUGUCGGACCGCACCCUGCACCCCAGCUUCGACGACUACGAGCUGCAGGCCGUCACCUGCGGCCGCGACGUGGUGGCCGUCCCCGCGCACUUCCAGCGGCCCGUGGGCAUCGGCGUGUACGGGCACCCGUCGCACCGGGACAGCGAGUUCGAGAUGAAGGUGUAUUUCGACCGCACGGUCCAGCGGCACCCGUUCGGGGACCCCGCGUACUCGGACGGCGCGGAGGCGGGGCACACGCACGCCUACGAGCCGGAGGGCGCGUCGCGGGAGGAGGAGUCGCUGCUCUGGACCCUCCUCCUGGGCGUCCUGAAGCUGCUCCUGGAGAUCCUGUUCUGACGGCGCGGCCCCGUCGCGUCGUCCGUGACCGUGCAGGCCGGGAUCUCCUCCCAAACAAAGCCAUACCGCGUGUUACCUCAGUGACCCCACACGCAGGAGCCGCAAGCCCGGUGCUUGCUUUCUCUAAAGCUCAGAAUUCCUGUAAGAGCCGCGUGCCCAGCAAAUGCCCCCGCUCCCCGCACCAGCGUCGGGUGGCGGCCCAGCAAGGCGGCGGGGACGGGGACAGGUGUACGAAGAAGAAACCGCAGCAGCAGCCCCGCCAGAGUAAGCGCGACGGCGUGAUGUCACUCAGAGGAAAGAAGAGGGAGAGACAGAAGCAUCCAUGAUGAGGGAAUCAUUGAUCGGCUGCCUCCUGCACAUUGGACCGAGCCCGCAACCCAGGCAUGUGCCCCUGACCAGUCUCGAACCUGGGACCCUUCCGUCCGCAGGCCGGCGCUCCAUCCACGGAGCCACACCAGCUAGGGCAGGUGUUCCUGGCGGUAAGGACAUUCUCACCCAGCUGCUCCCCAUCCCAGCUCUCCGCCUGCCUAUUGUGAGUCUCCCAUUACUAAACCAUGUCGUGGUCCCCGUGGUAGGCCAGAAACAAUAAAGAUUAGGAAAACUGCCUAAAAAUAAUCGCAACUUCCAGGCUAAUGGAGGAAUAAUUAUUUCAAAUGAAAUUGCCUAAUACUUCCCUCUGAAUUUCCAAAGAAGCCACGAUACUAAGAGAGAAACCACCUUUUGGAAGAUGAACCGUUUCUCUACCUGAAACUGGUUCCCAGGGUACGAGCAGCUUUUAACAGAAAUGAGUCAACUUGCAGAUUCUAAGCACAGAGUUCAUUUCAAAAAUCUUUUAUUGGCAUAAAAAUGAGAACUGGAAAUAAGUUGGCACCAAAUAAUUCACUUAAAUGCAUAUUACAGUAUUGGGGUCAAGAAACUAUGUUAUCCCUCUUUGCUGUUUUUCCCCCUUCUGCCCACUUUCCUGGGUGUUGGGGGAGCUCGCUGACAACAGUCACAAAUCCAGCGACCUAGGAGAAAAAUUGUUAGUUAAUAGAGAAUGAAAUGUAAUUUUUUUAGGGCUGAAUUGUAAACCCAUUGAGCUCUCCUUCCUUGCUAUCACAAAUGCUGCUCCUCUGGGUUUGUGGGAGGAAGGGCACUACUGUGUUCCUUAAUUUAAGGAGAAAAGUGUGAACUCGGAAGAUAAUCAGUGUCGUCAGUGCCAAGUGACAGACAGGUGGGGGCGCGGGCGAGCAGUGCUGUGGACCUUUAGGACAUCCUCCCCCUUUCUGAAACCCAGCCCUACAGGCUCAGGAAGCUCAGCCAUUGGUAUCCUAACAUACCCUGUUACUUCUCGCCCAUUUCAGCCCUUUCGCUGCUGCUCACGGCAGCUGUGUCUCAGCAUCCUUGUCCUGGUGGGCGAGGCGGACACAGCUUUAAACGGACCCAGUGUCUGACAGCACGGGGAUCAGCUGCCCUCGGUGCUUGUCUGAAUGACUGCAGGACUUCAGGUAGUUACCUAAUUGCUUGUUUCUUAGUGAUUCCCAGGAAGCGCAGUUCUGGCCUUUUUUCUUACAGCGUCACACACACGUCAACUAUGCAAGUGAGGUCUGACAUUGCACAAUUACGUGUGCGAUGUUCCAGUCCAGAUACUGUGAUAUAUCCUUUAAUUUUGUGUUCCUUCUAAAGUUACCUGGGUUGUUAUGCUGCCUCAGUUGAUAGAAAUCUGGACCAAUAUGUCCAAAGGCAUAGGAAUCAUUUUGUUAACUGUGUCCAUGACA